AUGUUGUGGAUCUGUUGCCUGGCCCUUGUCUUCUGUUGUUACACUACUACUACUACUACUACUACUACUACUACUACUACUACUACUACUACUACUACUACUACUACUACUACUACUACUACUACUACUACUACUACUACUACUACUACUACUACUACUACUACUACUACUACUACUACUACUACUACUACUACUACUACUACUACUACUACUACUACUACUACUACUACUACUACUACUACUACUACUACUACUACUACUACUACUACUACUACUACUACUACUACUACUACUACUACUACUACUACUACUACUACUACUACUACUACUACUACUACUACUACUACUACUACUACUACUACUACUACUACUACUACUACUACUACUACUACUACUACUACUACUACUACUACUACUACUACUACUACUACUACUACUACUACUACUACUACUACUACUACUACUACUACUACUACUACUACUACUACUACUACUACUACUACUACUACUACUACUACUACUACUACUACUACUACUACUACUACUACUACUACUACUACUACUACUACUACUACUACUACUACUACUACUACUACUACUACUACUACUACUACUACUACUACUACUACUACUACUACUACUACUACUACUACUACUACUACUACUACUACUACUACUACUACUACUACUACUACUAGCAAUAAUAUUUGCACGGAUGAAAGUGCAGAACGGAAGGGCUCAUGGGAACAUAGUGAAUCGUGGGAAUGUUCCAAAGUCACUGGCCUUAUUAUAUUCGUUGUGUGUGGUUCAGAUAAUUCAACACAUAAGAAUGAGUUAUUGAAGAAAGAAAAUCUGAUUUCACAGGACAUUCUUCAAAUCAAAUUUUUCGUGAUGUGA